UCGACGUUUGAGAAGGUCUAUGCUGCUUUUUCCCACGAUUACUAUGGAGUUAAAAUUCGCUUGUACUGACGCUAGUAACUUGGGAACAAUCAACUGAUGUUUGAUGAUGGACGACUAGAAACACGCAGCUGUAUGAUAUUUCGCUGUUGAACAUAUCUUCGCAUGUUGUUUAAAACGGUGCGUACACAAGGCACUCAGUUAGCGGGUUUCUACUGAAAAGGAAAACAGUCUUCGCGUCUCGCAGACACCUUCGGAAGGAAUCUCAAAAUUUGCGUUUGUGAUGUAGAGUUCACGGACCCUUGAAAUUUUCCAGCAAGUGAAGCGAGGAUAUUUUGAAAUGGAUGAUGAUCUGGAAAGUGGAUACCUCAGCCCUGGGAGUGACUCCUCCAGAUCUCAGACCCACAGGGCAAAAAAUGUGAACAACAAUUUUCACAUGAUGGAACAGAAAGUUCGCAUCAAAUUUGAAUUUAAAGGUGAAAAAAGAAUCAUUCCAAUCUCCAGACCUGUAAUUUUAUCCCAGUUACUUUUGAAAGUCAAGACAGCAUAUGGCCAGGAUCUAUCCAUGAACUAUGUCAGCAAUGAGAAUGCAAUUCCUCUUGUGAGCCAAUCUGAUCUUGACAAAGCAAUUGAAAUCUUGGACAGAAGUCAGCACCUCACCAGCCUUAGAAUACUGUUGUCGUUACCUAAUGGCGUCAGCGACUUCAACAGUCAUAAAUCAAAUGUACCGAUCUCGUCAGUGAUACCUCCAAGCAACCCAAAGGUUGGAUCUCUCUUUGGUAAACCUUUCUAUAAAAAAGGAAAACCAAGAAGUUAUGGACUUGGAAUCAGGCAUCUUUCCAGGUCUCAGUCAACCCCCGACGAGAUUGCUUACAUGGCAGUGGAUCCACCAAACACGCCAAGUUUAUCAAGAUACAUCAAUGUGCAGUACAUGUCGUCAAGCAAUAUCAACACUAGAGGACGCAACUCACCUCCUCCAGGAUUUCAUCAUGAUGAAUUCCCAGCUCAGCCUUUCCAUAUGGUCAGGGGUGAGGGUGAAUUUAUACCAGAAAGCCAAGAUCAUGUGGUUGUUCCCAGAUUUCAUAGACGAUUGAACAUGUGGUAUGAUCCCCUAUCACACAGUCAGGUCAGAGUUGUUUCCAGUCCAAGCUCUGAAGGUUCUUGGAGAGGAUCAUCCUUUUCUGUGGACAGUGGAGGAGAAAUGCAAUCAUUUUACAACUCUACAAGAUCAGCAUCAAACAGCUCACUGGUGGUGGCUAGUGGAAUGUUUUCCUCAGAAGAGGAUAUAACCGACUGUAAAGCUCAUACGUACCCAAGAAGGAGAAGUCAUACAAUAGGAGGACCAGAUAUAGACUACAAUGACGGAAGCCAAAGAUAUAACGGUACACAGAAUUCUCGCAAACCAAUCCCGCUGUCAAUGAGAAUAGACCAGCAAAUUAGUCCUGCCAGUAGCAGUAGCAGCAGCAGUGGUUUGAUAGCCGACAUCGACAUAAACACAAAAAGACCUGGAAAAGAGUCUGAACUUGAAGUCGCCGUGCAGAGGCUUAAAGACAUGUCAAUAACAGAAACUAAAGUGCUUGAGGUGCCAAGAAACUGGACCAAGGGAAAGCUUCUUGGAGCAGGAGCAUUUGGUCAGGUCUACAUGUGUCACGACCAUGAUACAGGGAGCGAAUUAGCCGUCAAACAAGUUGAAGUUGGGCUACUGAACACUGCAACCCAAAAGGAAGUGAAAGCUCUAGAAGCAGAGAUCGAUCUUUUAAAGAAUCUCAGACACGACAGAAUAGUGUUAUACUAUGGAACACAACAGACGGAUCUGCAUGUCUACAUAUUCAUGGAAUACAUGCCCGGGGCAUCAGUACACGACCAUAUCAAGCAACAUGGCGCUCUCAAUGAGAGUUUAACAAGAAAAUAUACAAGACAAAUUUUAGAGGGAGUGUCUUUCCUUCACGCUACAUUAAUUGUUCACAGAGACAUAAAAGGUGCAAACAUCCUAAGAGAUCUUCGUGGUAAUGUGAAAUUAGCCGAUUUUGGCGCUUCCAAGAGAUUACAGACAAUUCGAAGUAAAACUGGUUUUCGAUCAGUACAUGGCACUCCAUACUGGAUGGCGCCAGAGGUAAUAAAUGGAGAAGGAUACGGGCGCAAGGCUGAUAUCUGGAGUCUUGGAUGCACAGUGGUAGAAAUGUUGACAACGAAACCUCCAUGGGCAGAAUUCGAACCGAUGGCGGCCCUGUUCAAUAUUGCCACGCAACCCACAGAACCCUCACUGCCGCACGAUCUAUCUGAGGACGCCAUGGAAUUUAUUCAGUCCACUCUAACAAAGAACUCUUGGCAAAGGCCUUCAGCUGACGAACUGUUGAACUUCACCUUCGUUAUAAACUCCACCGUAACAACAUGUUUAUGACGAUGUAAAAGAACGAAAGAUGCCUGUGACGAGGUAUCUUCAGACACGAAGGACUUUCUUUCGUUUGUAAAUAGAGGAUGAUCAACUCCUUUAUGACUUUUCAGUCAAUCCUUAAGACAAUCAUCAAAGUAAACUUCACAACGAGAUCACUAGUUCAAAAUGGUGAGCUGAAGUUCAUUUGAUGCAGGCAAGCUAAGGAUCUGCGAUAGGAGGGCAUCACUGUCCCCAUGGAAUAAUCAAGAGAAGUUUCAAGAAUCAAGAAGAGAAUUCAAAAUAAAAAGCGUUAACCAAUUAAACUAGAACGCAUCGAAGUGAACUUCAACCAUUAGACACGAGCGAGAGUUAGAGAAUUAUCCACAGCAACGAUAAUUAUACAUUUUUACAAGCUAUCAAAUUUUCGUGGAUGAUUCUUUUGGUUAGAUUUCGAGACUAAAAAAAAAAACAUCCCAUGCAGAAGAGGCUGUGGUGUACGGGAUACAGUAUUACAGCCAAUAUUUUUUAAGUUUACUCCUCUACGAAGAAGGCGAGAGGACAUUUAUAUAUGGUCGUACUGGAAUUGUGUAUAGAUAUGUGAUUCUUCGCCUCUUCGUGUCAUUCAAAGCCGACACCUACUUUUCACGAAAGUGAACCAGAGAUUGCACGAGUCGUUGAACUUUUGAGCUUACUCAUGACAGCUAUAAAUAUUCCGCCGACAAGAGCGCUAUUUUGGACGCUUUAACUUCAGUUCUUUUUAUAGCCCUGUUGACAGUGUGUUUGAACCAAGAGAGUAUCAAGCUACGAGACUGACCUCUUUACGAAGGACAUAUUCUUAAAGAAAAUCUCUCCCAAUUUAUUGUUAGACCUAAUGUCUCUGGUCUCGAGGGAAUAUAACAUAUACCAUGCGUGUACCAUGCGAAUGUCUUAUUGGAGAACACCUGCACACAACAUUGGACGUUCACACGCGAAAAUAAUGCGACACGAAAUUGGUUGUUGUCUUAUAUUCUCCGGGAUCUCUGAAAACAGUGGUGAUUUCAGAAUAGCUUCCGUGAAAAUAGUUCACGUUCUUUUUUCGUGCUUCGCAAGCGUGGCUUCAAGGUGUCCUCUGCUUUUCAUUGGUUACGUGAUUGGCACGCUGUCAUUUGCCACACGUUUCCCGCUCUGUUUGUUUUAGUUUUUCCCGCUCUUUUCGCUGGUUUCUUAUUUGGCGCGCUUGCAGGUUGCCACAUCUUCCCGCGCUCAACGCUGAUUUGUACCUGGUCCUUGUUUUCCCGCGCUUACGAUGUCUUGUGGUGUGGUGUGGCGAGGAGUUUGACAAUAUGACACCAAAAGAGAUUUAAUUCAGGCGAAAACUUGUUACUCUGGAAUUAUUUUAAAAAAGCAUGUACAUGAAGCCUAAAGUAUUGAGUUUUUUUACGAUAUGUAAAUAAUUCAGCUUCUCAAUAGAGGCGUUCUGUUUUUUCGAAUUUUGUUCGUGCUGAACAAGUGAUAUUUUAUAUAACAGCUUGCUUCAAUAAGUCAUUCAAUGAAAGUUUAUAUUGUACAAUACUGCUGUAGAGAAGGGAUAGGUUGUAGAUAGGCUUCAUUGAUAGAAGAUCAAAUUAAGGUUUUGUUAUGUUCUCCAGCUGCAAAGCCCAAAUUCAAAUAAUCAAUAUUUUCAUUGGCAGUUCAUCGCUUCUCGUAAUAAACUGUAAAUGGUUAUGGCAUGAAUGUGAACGGAGUCAGUAGUUCAUCCAUAUAUUUAAACGACACACCUUACAGCAUAACGAGAAUUAUUAUCACUUUGUUAUUAUUACUUUGUCGGGCAUUGUGGUGCACUUUGCGAGCUAAAACGGAGAUUUUGGCAGACUAAACCGUACUUUAGCCCACUUGCUCGCACGUAUGAUGUUCAGACUUUUUUGUUGUCAUUUUUCAGUUUUUUUUCCCAAUGCUCUCCAAAGUGAUAAAAAUAGUAAUACAGUUUAUGUUCUUGGGUAUGUAACCAUUGAAUAUGUUUUGAGCCCUUCUCAGAUCACUUUAACCCUCACUUAGCGGCUCGAGCUAAAAUGACUGAGUCGGACUGCCCGCGAACAUUGACUCUAUUGUUUUAAUACCGCACGGAAGUUCCGCUCAAUGGCGGAAUGCUUAAUUUAUGGUAAAUAUCCACAUAAUUUGGUAGAUCGUCGUUCAAAACAGACUCUAAAGCCAAUGUUCAUAGAGUGACUCCUGAUCGUACAAUGUAGAGUAACUCCGACUGCAGGCGACAAAUUUGUUCUGGCAAGCAGCUUGAGACUGUGAAAUAGAUUGUCAGUUAUCUUUGGAAAAAAAAAACAAUGAAUAAAGUAUUGAAUUAAAAGUG